UUAGUCGUGAAUCGUGAUUAAAAUUGUGUUCCGUAAUUUUUAAUAAUAUUUUAGUAUUAAUAUGCUCUCUAAAACGUAACAAACAUAUAAAUAAUAUACUCUAUUAACACUUCAAGACGUUGCCAAAUUUAAUUUUCGACUAUGGAGUUGAUUUUAUGGAAAAACAUCCAUCCGGCCGGAAAGCAAGCAAUUUUGUGUUUUUUAGUUUGUGCUUCUACUUUCACGAUAUCUUUUGUCUCGGGGAGCAUCCUGGGCUUCUCUUCGGAGCUGUGGGCGCUGACGUACUGGGGCCCGGGGCUGUACUUCUGCUUAUUUAACUUUAUUCUCAGAUAUUGUUACAGGGGCUUCAUAUAUGAGGUGUCCGUCAGAUCAGCAUUUCUUGGUGCCGCCUUUGCCACUGCUCUCCACCUCAGCACAUUUGACUCCGGCUGGCGAGUGUUCGGCCUCUACACCAUGGCGCUGACCUUCUUCCACUUCUCGGAGUUCAUGGCGGUGGCUCUGACGAACCCUCGGACGCUGUCCAUUGACUCGUUCAUAUUGAAUCAUAGUUUGCAGUAUGGGCUCGCUGCUGUGGCUAGUUGGACAGAGUGGGCUGUGGAGUAUUACUUCUUUCCUGAAAUGAAGACAUGCUUCUGGCUGUCGGCAGUAGGAUUCCUCAUGUGCAUCGGCGGUGAGCUGCUGAGGAAGUCAGCCAUGUUCACGGCCAAGACCAACUUUAAUCACACUGUUCAGUUUGUGAAGAAACCGGAUCACGAGCUAGUGACGCACGGCGUGUACUCUAUAUGCCGGCAUCCGAGCUACGUUGGCUGGUUCUAUUGGUCCAUCGGCACACAGAUUACACUCCUAAAUCCAAUCUGCAUGGUGCUAUACACGCUGGCCUCGUGGCUGUUCUUCCGCGAACGCGUGGAGGCCGAAGAACUGACGCUCCUGGCCUUUUUCGGCCCCCAGUACGAGAGGUACUGUCGGAACGUUGGGACUGGACUACCUUUCAUAAAAGGGUAUGAGCCUGAUGAGGAGGAGAAGGUAAAACAGAGGAGUUAUUGAGGAGAUUGAUGUCGUCAUAUUAUAAGAGCUUGCGUAAAUGCGUAAAUACAGAGCGUGUCAAAUAGACUUUUAAUUCACAUGAAAUCUGUUUCUGUACUAAUACUAAUUGCUAGGUAAAACACUCAUCAUAUUCCCCUACCUAUCGUCAGACUUUUCUCAAUUUUAAAGAGGAAAACAGCAAUUUAACGUUACUACUUUAGUCUUUAUAAACAAUAGAAAGAUUCACUUGAUACGCGUUAUUAAAAUAUGUAGUUCAAUGUUAAUCAAUUUCGUCACCAAAAAAACACGAAAGUCAAAGAACUUUUCUAAGGCCACUUACCAUUUCUCUAUGGUCUUUAUCGGUCUGAUACUGUGACUAUUAGUUUUGUAUAGUUCAUACCAGUGUAAAAAUGUUAUAUUUUCAUAAAGUUGCAUUUAAAAGCGUUUUGUAUAGCACAAUACUUUUGUGUUCAUAAGUAUGUUAGAGAAUAUAGUUGAGUAUAUGUAUUUAUACAUAUUUACCAUUACAUCAUGUAUAGUAUUUUGUAUGUAUUUAAAGUAGCAUAUUUCUUCACUUUUUAUGUAAUAACUCGAACAAAAUAACCAAAUACACGGAAUAUUAUCUAUUAUAUCUAGUCGAAGUAUGUUUCUUGUAACUCUAUUCAUGUGUCGUACGUGUAAGAUUUACUAGGAGUUAUUUAAGUAAUCGAGUCAGAUUGUACUAUUUGUAAAUAAGAGCAUAUUCAGUAUUAACGUUAUGUCAAAGUCUAUUUACAUUUUGAAUGUUACCAUUUUUCUCGAUGGAUGUACAAAAAUAUGUUGUAUAGCAUAUCUUAUGUUUAAAGUGUUUAAACCAUCGGUUCAUGCAUAUAUUAUGAACAUUAUUAUGUAGAUAAUUCAUAUCUCACAUGCAGAAAGAAAAAAAAAUAAGUACAGGUAUACAGACGUAUUAUACAAUGAUUGGCUCUUUAAAUGAAAGUAACUGGCGCAUAUUUUUGUAUUAAUUUCACAGCUCACUAGACUCUAGUUGUUCACUACAACUAGUACUUUUGACAAUUGGCCACUUCCGAUUUUGGGCACUUUAUGUUUUGACCGGUACUUUGUCACACAGUGAAUGUGACAAGUUUAGUGCAGCCAUAUUGCGAAUUAUUUGUUUAAAUAAAGUUUUCUCAUUUAACUAAAUUGUAAAUAUUUGGUACUUACUAAAAUAAGCUUGUAUGUGAAUGGUUGUGAAUGUCUGAUAUGUUAAUUACAUAUUAAUUGAAAUAAGACUAAUAAAUUGACGCUUGACUGAA